UCUCAUUAGUGGAAAGAACAGGAGAGAGAGCUCUUCCCCUUUGUGUGAGGCGGUUGAUGUAGAAACCUCACGACGAGAGGUCCUGGACGACGAAUCCUGUCCCCGUGUGUGCCGCAGAGUCUGUCUUUCCUCCCUGGGGCUCCAGGCCACACUGCUGGGUCUGGGCCAUGUCUUCCUACCCGACUACCCUCCUGGGCCUAGUGCUCUGCCUGGGCUGCAUGAUCCACACACAGGAGGGGACCUUGCCCAGACCCUCCAUCUCGGCUGUGCCAGACUCUGUAAUUCCCCGGGGACAGCCAGUGACUGUGGUGUGCCGAGGCCCUCCUGGGGCUAAGAUACUCCGCCUGGAGAGGGAGAAUAAAACCCCUCCAUUCAAGGAUAUUACUAUUGUGUCUCAACCUGGUGCAUCUGCGACAGAGGCCAGAUUCCACAUUGAGGCAUUUAGUGAAGUCAAUGCUGGGCGUUAUCAAUGCAUCUAUAGUAAGGAGUCCGGCAGGUGGUCUGAUCGGAGUGAAUUCCUGGAGCUGGUGGUGACAGGUAAGAAUGUCACCAGCCCCAGCCCUCAGCAACCCAAUGGAGUAGUCCUGGGGGUACAGGAUCCAGCCUGCAUAUCAGACCCACCAGCAGGUGUAUCCAGGGAGUGCCAGUGGGCAGAAGACUCCCAGACUGAGUACCCCAAGGUCUACUGCAGGUCCUCAAAGGGAACAGAGGUACACAGAGGCCUUUGGAUGACAGUGACAAUGGUGGUGAGUGAUGGGGACAUAAGAGCCAGAGCUUGGUAUGUGUCUCUCGGGGAAGGGGGAGAAGAUCGGGCUUUGGGCUUGGUCCAGCUCCAGCCCUACCGAUGGCUAGCUGUGUCCAUGUGCCCAGAGGACUUCGGCUCUCAGACCCCUGCGGUGCUCAAUACAGUAGGCAUGUGUGGAUCUAGAAACCCAUUUCCGUAUUCCCUAGACACACCUGGUCUUGGAGGCCUGAGGACAGAGCAGCUUUAUGUUCUCAUCGGGGUCUCUGCGGUUUUCCUCCUUUGUCUUCUCCUCCUGGCCCUCUUCCUCCUUCGCCAGCGUCAGAAGAAACAGGCGUCCCCCAGCAGGAAGGACGAGGAGCAGAGGCCGCAGCAGAGGCUCAGCCAGGCUGUUGAUGUCCUGGAGAGGAAAGCAGAUGUGGCCACUGUCAAUAGACUUCCAGAGAAGGAGAGAGAGAUGGACACCCCAGCCCCUUCUGCAGGGGACCCCGCAGAGGUGACGUAUGCUCAGCUGGACCACUGGGCCCUCACACGGAGGACAGCCCACGCUGCAUCCCCACAGUUCACAGAGCCUGUGGCUGAGUCCAGCACGUAUGCAGCCAUCACCAGAAACUAACCGCAGGCCCACCUGGCCCCUGCACCUGAGGACACAGGAAGUCUAAGGCAGCCAUUUGGAGGGCUUUGCCUUGUCUUCAUCCUGACCUGGAGAGCCAGCCAGUCAGCUCUCCUGGGGACAAGAGCUGGAGCCUGGAGAUCUCUAAUCAACAUCCAGAACAUUCAUUUACCAAGUGGUCCCUUCCACAAUUGACCAGAUACUUGGAGAGACUGUGUUGUGGUUGCUUCAAACCUCAACUACCGUCACCUGGCUGUUUCCAAAGACCCAACUACCGUCACCUGGCUGUUUCCAAAGACCCAACUACAGUCACCUGGCUGUUUCCAGAGCCCCAGCUGCAGUCACUUGGCUGCUAGCUACAGGCACCCAGCUGAUUUCAUGAACAGUGCUGCAGGCUCCCAGCUGCUCCCAGGUGUCUCCUAGGAAUUCCCAACUUCCCCAGAGACUCCAUUUUAAUCAGCUACUCAGCUGACCCUAAAGACCUUCCUAGACUUUAAUUGCUAACCUUGAGACUGGGCUAUACUUAUGCAGCUGAGAGCUGAGCUCAGUUAACUGGGUCAUACUUUACUUUGUGCAUCAAUGAAUAGUUUGAGAGACCCAACAGCUGGCAGCCCUGUGCCAGGUCCUGGGUGCACAGGUCACUUGGGCCGUGUCUCUGCCUUCACAGUUGUUCAAAGCUGAGUGGGUGAAACAAGAGCUACAGAAGAGAUGUCAGUAUUUUCUUUUUACUUUUUUACAUUUAAUUGACCAAGAUUGUAUAUAUCCAAGGUGUACGAUGAGAUAAUUUGCUAUCCACAUACAUUGCAAUUCUUGCCACAGUUAAAGUCAUUAGCACGUCCGUCAUCACCCACGUCGGACUUGAGAUCUCCUGAACUUGUUCAUCUUGGGACUUAGAGCUGGUGUCAGUGUUUCCUGAUGGAGCGUGUGUAUCUGGGAUGAAUGAGGCCGGGGCUGAGGGAAGGUGUGGCUGGAAGAAGGCAGAGAGUUGAACCCACCUACCCACAGCUACACACGUGCACACACAGGACACACACACACACACACACACACACACACACACACAGCCACACGUCCCAAGAGAGCCCUUAAUCCAAUGUUGAAGGGGACAUAUCUGUGUCUCCACCCACUUGAACCCUCAGACCUGUUCUCCCCAUUCAGAUUAAAACAGAAAAUUACCCUAUGGA